UUCGGGGACGUCAGGAGAUCAGGAAGAAGAGGUUCUGCCUCAAGAAACUGGAACCGGUUCUGAGCCUGUUAUCCCUGAAGGAAUUGUGAGACCUGUUGAAGUUGCUGACCUUCAUCCAGAGCAAAAGGCUGCAAGUCCUCAGGUUUCUGCAAGUGGUGACGCGGUGAUGGGGGAUGCCUCGAAGGUGGCUGCCUCAGAUCUUGAUUCAAAGCUUUCUUCUUUCCUGGCUCGCUUCGAUCUUUUGGAAUUCAACAGUCUUCCUGCCAGCCACUUUCAUGUCUUUGGGUCUUCUUAUGGCAGCUUCCUGCGCUUCUCUGUUCCUGUGGAGGGCUUGCCGCUGCUAGAGAGCCUGCUCAAGAGUCACGGGGAUUUUACCAGUGGCUUCAGGGGAGGCAUUUUUCUAGGCAAUAUUUUGAUGGAGUUGCUGUACGAUAUACCUGGGGUGCUGGUCUCGGACAACGGGAAGCAAUUCGACAAUGAUGCAUUCAGAGAUUUUUGCUCACAACUGGGGAUCAAGAACCAUUACUCAUCACCCGCCCACCCAUAG